AUGGAAAUGAAUUUCGAUCCAAAUGGUUCAGACUGCAAAAAGAAUUCCAUAAAAGCAUCAAAUAAGUCAACAUCUAUUACAGAUUUCAUUUAUAGUUGCCAAAUCCUUACGAAUAAUCUCGAAAACAUCGAUGUUUCAACAAUCUGCACACAAUUAAGCAAUCUCUAUUCUUUUAUCCAGUCGCAAUCAAAUAGUAUUGAAGAAAUUGCACCAAUACUUCUUAAUGAGAAACUUUUGGAUCAUAUUUUUUCAUUUACCUUUCAUGAAGACACAAUAGUAUCAACGACAUCAUCAAACAUCAUAUCCAAGCUUAUUACAGAUAAUGCCUUGAUCAAAACUAAAGUAUUUGAUUUGAUUAUGAAGAAUCUUCAAAAUACAGAUUCAUUAAAGAACGAAUCGUUUUAUGAUAUCAUUCUUACCAUAUCCACACAACAAAUUCUUGAUCAAAAUGAAAUCAAUUUAAUAUCCCCAAUAAUCUUUUCAUUCUUCAAGGAUAACCAGGCAGAAUACGUCCUAGAGCUUGUCAAUAACUUCGUUACUACUUACAGCUAUCCUUUUGAAGUUAUUUUCGAGAUAUAUCAAAUUUUAUUUUCCCAAGAAAGCUACAUGUUUUCAUCAUAUCCAGUAUCAUAUGUCCUUCUUGCCAAUUGCAUAAAUCAGUUUCCUGAUCAGUUUUUAGACAUUUUGAAAGAAGAAAAAUUUUAUAUUCUUUUAAAUCAGCAACACACAUCAAAUCCGCUUGUUACUCAAUCAAGGUUGUACUUUAUACAAACGAUGCUAUCUAACCAUGACAUUAUUCCCAUUAUUUUCGAGAAUUUAAACUGGGUUGAAUUAUUUUCAUCAGAACCAAACUCAGAAUCGAUGCCAAUCAUCGAAACAAUCACCAAACAACUUAUUGAUAAUGAUAGCAACACUAUUUUCUCUUUAAUUGACUCAGGAUUAAUACAUUUCGUUAUUUACGGGAUUUCUAGCGAUAAAAACCUCGCAACAAGAAUUUCCUCAGCGAAAUGUUUACUUUUCCUUCUUAAAGAAAUAGGAAAUGAAGCUGUUUCAGCUGCAAUGAGAAUUGGAUUCGUAGAAGCCAUUGUUCAGAUACUUUCUUACAACCCAUUCAUAGAAGGAUUGAGAUUACUCAAUAUUGCAAUAUCAUAUUCAUUGUCUUCGCGAAAAAUUGAUGCAAAAAGAAUAAUUAAAAUUAUUUUGAACGAAGACUUAGUAAAUACUAUGGAUGAUUAUGAUCUUGAUGAAGAAAUGAGACAUAUUUGGGAUACGAUACUAUCUGAUAUUGAUAAAAUCAAUGAUAUGAAAUCAAAAUAA